AUGUCGAGGAAAGUUUUACGGCCGAUCGAGAGCGUCGAACUCCCUGGGCAGCCGGUUCGAGGCACUGUCGAACAAGUCUUUGAUGUCUCUCUGCAUCAGUAUCUCGUCUGGCAGCCUGUCCGAGGGCUCUGCGAAGUACCGAAACAUUCUCGCUUCACCAUACCGCCGCCAUACCCACAGAUCAACUUUGAUUUUCUUCGGCCACACGAAAUAAGCAACCAAUUCGUAGUCCGUGUCACAAUAAAGGCACUUGAACUGCAACCACCCAUCGCCUCGAUAGUUUGUCGGCCUAUGAAUCAACUCAUUCAGUUCCCAGAUAUGUCCGUGGACCCAGAUGGCGCUUGGGCCGUAAUGUAUAUGGGCACAGAGAUUGGUGGUGAAUCCCGUGUUGCUAAUGAUCGAGGACCAGCACUGCGCAUCAAAGAGGAACUCGCAAUGGGAGGCGAGCAGGAGCUGGCCGUUGACGAUACGGGGAAUGUUUGA